UGAAUGUGUUGCCAUGCGUACGAUUCGAUGGAAUGCAAUAAAUUGUCACGAGAGAGCGCGUUCAGUGUGUGCCAGCAUGAAUCGUGACGAUGUGUUGGUGUGUUUGUUUGCACCUACCAUACGAGAGAGAAAAAAAAACGUCGAUAGUCACGCAGAAAAGGAGAAAAUACGUUCAAUGCUAACUAUGGAUGGCACACAAACACAUACGUACGUGCAACGCGUUAUAGAGUGGCAGGCAAGCAGGCAGUACCAGCAGCAGCAACAACAACCGUCAUAUAUAUAAAACAAUACACAUAUACACACUAGCACACACGCACACAAUGUAAACGAAAAAGAAACAGGCCGAAAAAAAUUCUCCAUUUUUACAUGGCGUAUACGCAUACAUCAGCAUAAACUCUCUCGCACGACAAGACGACGGGAGUGAACGUAGAGUUGGAAAUAAAAACAACAUACUAAACAUAUUUCAUAUUUGUAUAAAUAAAUUCUAUCAUUUUUUUUGCUUCCAUUGUUUUAUUUAUUUGGAAAAUCGAAACAGCAAAUCAAACAGUGCAACUUUUAUCACAUAUCCGUUUUGGUAGAGUGUGGUUUUUUUAAAUUCCUUGUUUUAUGUAUUUCAACAACAACAACAAAAAAACUAUCUAUCUGUCUGUAUCAUCAAAAGAGAAAUAUGUUUUUAAAAGCAUUUUUGUGACUGUGUGUAUUAAUUGCAACGCGAACGGAAAAGGCAAACUUCAGUGGACAAAAAAGUCAUUCUUUAUUCGUAUGUGAUUUCGGUGUGUGUCCGUGUAUGUGAAUGAGCUGCUAUUUUUUUUUACUUCUUACUCUUCAUUCUUUCAGUUCAUUCGUCUUGGGAAUACGCAUACACAAAUGUAUAUUCAUUGAAUAAAAAAAAUAGACUUAGUUUUUGAAACGAAUAAAAAAAACCAAAUCAAAUACAGGAGAGAAAGAUUCUAAUUUGUUCGACAGAUAGCACACGUAUGUGAGAAUAGCAGUAGACCUUGCCGAGACCAUCCAACGUAUGAAAACGACCGAUACAGCAACAGUUAUAGUUCUGAGUGCUUUGAUUUGUGUGUGAAAGUGAAACGUAUCAAAACGAAAAGAUCGGAAAUUCAGUGAAGUGAAGAGUGAAAACAUAUGAGACAUCCACAUCGAAGUGGAUUUCGCUUCAAAAAAUGAGUCGAUUUUGAAAGCAUGACAUAACCCCGUUGCAUAUUUCCGAUUCGAAUUUUUGUUGAACGAUGAAGAGAAUGCAUGCCUGUGAAUCAUAUGAUUACAAACAGAAGUGAAGAAGAUCGAAAACAACGCCAACGGAGACAAUUGAUAGAAACAAUUUGAAAACAAGGGAAAAGAAAAGAAAAAUAAAACGAACCCACUCAUAUUGAACGUGCAAAAGGAAGUGCAACGAACAGUGUACAAUAUUUCAUCGGCGAUCAUUUCCAUUCAACAUUCAACAAAUCAUCGUGUUCCAACCGCACAAUUUUUCACAACAACAGCUAAAGCAAUUUUUCACAACAACACACAACAUUCGUGUCAAAAUGCUGAUACCAUUGAACAUUCUUUAAAUGACUGCGCAAUUUCAUUCUAAAUGGAGGAUUUAAAGCAUUCCACGACUAAAUUAAAGCAAACGGAUUACGAGGAAAUCAAAUGCAUAGUUCAUAUGAGCAAUAACAAACUACAUUGUGUUCUUUCGAAAUAAUUUUUUUUCUGCCCAUAUCGACCCGAUCAUACCGAGAAAAAAAACGAAACCGAUACGAUAAAUUGUGUUCAAUAUAAAGCCAAUAUCUGGGUAUGGAGAUGAAUCUUCGAAAAAUAGUCAGUGUUGAAGCAAAAGUUGCGAGAAUUUUGUGACUUUGUUCAAAUCAAAUGGUAUUCUGGAAAUUCGAUUGAGAGAAAAGAGAGUGGGAAAAAAACAGAAGGAGCAAUGUUAAAGCAUUAUUAUGUAUCGCCGAAGAAGCGGUCAAAGUCUCAGAGCUCGGAAAUGAGCGAUGGAAGUGAUACAGCGACAUCGUGCAUCGAGCAUCACGAGUAUUUGAAUGAUUUUGUCCGUGCGACGAAGAUUAUUUCACGAAAGGCAUUCCACAGUUUCCAUGAGAUUACAUCGAGCGAGCCGAAUGUUAGCAUUGCAACAUCGCAUGCUGGCUUCAUGCAGGCCACGGUGUCGGCUUCAUCGUCCGGCGAUCCAAAUGAUCCUGAGCACAGUUCGGAAAACACGACACCCAUCCAAACACCACAAAAAUCAUAUGAGACACGCUUAACUCGUAUGCGAUUGGCACAUGCAUUCAACAAUGCUGUUACAUAUAGUCGGAGCCGUUUGGCCCAUUUACCAGCCGGAGCCAGUUUCUGUGCAGCUCACAUUAGUGCCCAUGGCGGACUGGGGCACAUAGACACUACGACCACGUCAGGACUCAUCCCACCCGUUCGCCGAUGGAACUCGUUCCAUUCAACACGCGGUGAAUGUCACCCGAAUAAAUUUCGACGAGAACGAAAAUCCACAUCACCUUCAAUCGUUAUUAGCAGGAGGAAUGGUGAUGGUUUUCGUCAGCUGAGUGAGUGUUUCGUGUCCGAGACACAGGAAAUACUAGCUACAGACGAAUCUGAAAUAGGUAGUGUAGCAGCAGAAGCAGCAUCCAAAAUCGACGAUUUAAUUAGAAACGAUAACGGCGACGAAGAAAUAGAAGACGUCGACGAUAUUGAUGCAAUAAUUGGUGUUGCAAUUCCCAAACCGAAAAUCAUGGACCCACCGCAACACCACACGCUGCACUCAUCGCAGACAGCUCUAUCGGCAAAUGUCAAGCGGUUUGGCGGCGGCCGACCAGAAUUAUACCAAAAGUGCAAUCGCGGCUCCCAUUCAAGUGACACGAGCUCAGCGUAUAGUGGAUCAGACACAAUGACAUCAGUACAUAGUUCAUCGUUAGAUGCCGAUGAGGUGGACCUCUCGGGCUUAGUGGAAUCGGUGGUCGAUUCGGAUGAGGAAGAUUUGGCAGAAAGCAUGGAUAGUUUAGCUGUGCGUGAUACGGUUCGUGAGUGCUUAGAAAAGGAUCCAACCGAUCGGACGGAGGAAGACAUAGAAACGUUGCUUGAAUUUACGAAAAACCUGCAGGCAUUCACAAACAUGACAUUAGCUGUAAGACGAGCAUUGUGCUCGGUGAUGGUGUUUGCGGUGGUUGAGAAGGCCGGCACAACGGUGAUGAAUGAUGGUGAGGAGCUUGAUUCGUGGAGCGUGCUAAUCAAUGGCCACGUUGAAGUUGAAUAUUCAAACGGUGAGACGGAUGAGCUGCAAGUUGGUGAUAGCUUUGGUAUACUGCCAACAAUGGAUAAACUGUAUCACAAAGGAGUGAUGAAAACCAAAUGCGAUGACUGCCAGUUUGUGUGCAUCACACAAACCGACUACUAUCGUAUUCAACAUCAGGGUGAAGAGAACACAAAACGGCACGAAGAAAAUGGACAGCUAGUUAUGGUCACUGAGCUACGGCAUGGUACGAUGGAAGGCAGUGUACGUCGUGGACAUGUCGUUAUUCGGGGAACACCGGAACGUUUAAUGGUUCAGUUGAUCGAGGAGAAUUCCAUGACAGAUCCAACAUAUGUGGAGGACUUUCUGUUGACCCACCGCACAUUCAUUCCAUGCGCGCAGAACGUACUGCGACAAUUGUUGCAAUGGUUCGAAAGUGAAUCAACGCAUCCCGCCCAAACGACUGCGACGCCAAUACAAAUUCGCGACCGAGUCACACGUGUGAUUCUGUUAUGGGUAAAUAAUCAUUUUACGGAUUUCGAAACAGAUCAGAUGAUGAUGAAAUAUCUGGAACAGUUCGAAAAUGGUUUGGAGAAUAAGAAUAUGCAUGAACAAUUACAUUUGCUACAUAUCGCGUGUGCGGCCAAAGCUCGAACUCGAGUUGUGACACUGGCACGAUCUUCGCGCGACGAAGACCUACACUUUAGUAUUAUUGGUGGCUAUGAGAAGGGUGGAUGCGGCAUUUUCAUAUCAAAUGUCGAUAAGAAAACCAAACCCGAGGAUGUCGGAUUGAAGCGGGGCGAUCAAAUUCUCGAAGUGAAUGGCAACAGUUUUGAACAUAUGAAAUUGGCCCGGGCACUUGAACUGAUGACUGGCACAACACAUUUGUGCCUGACGGUCAAAAGCAAUUUGCUUGCAUUCAAAGAAAUGCUACAAACACCCGACAACAAUUCACCACGCCCAAGAUCCAGCCGACGAACGAUGGCUUCUUCCGAAUUGGCACGAUUGCACUCGCAGAAUAGUCAACGUGUCCGAUUAUCUUCCGCCGAUAUUCUAACGAGCUCAUCACAAUUCGACCAAACCGAUUGUGCUUCCGUAACAAAUAUCGAUUCGUCAUCGGUUCAUAUGCCAUUCUCAUCGAAUCUUCCACCGACGGCAGCGAAAAAAGACUCGGCCACUUCCAUAUCAUCAUCGCAAAUUGUACCGCCGUCUUCAGCAAGCAAAAGUGGCAGCGGCUUCAUGACCCUCGGGCCAAAACGUCGCUUACAAAAAGCUCUCAUCAAAAUGAAUCUGUAUCCGAAAAAUGCUGGCGCUGCUCUCCUUCUCGAUACAGACGAUCAGGAAACGCAAUCAGCUAGCUCAUCGCCCAUAUCCACGACAUCGCCCUCAAAUGGCCCAGCCACCACAAUAACAACCCCAACGCCAACCGGUUCGAUCGGAUCAAAUUGUUCGAUAGCCACAUCAACAACAUCAUCGCAUACGGGUGAUUCAGCCUCAUUAGCCAAUGUUAGUGCAACAAACAAAACCAGCGGUAGCAAUUUAUACCAUUCACAAAGUAAUCCAGACUUAACAACGAUCUAUUAUGAGGAUUUGCGUGUAUCCGACUAUCCCGAGCAUGUGCUCAAAGUGUACAAGGCUGAUCAGAGUUGUAAAUAUCUGCUGGUACACAAAGAAACUACCGCCCAUGAAGUGGUCAUGUUGGCAUUGCAAGAGUUUGGCAUCCAUGAGACUAGUUCAAAUUUUUCACUGUGUGAAGUGUCGGUUGGCGACGGUGGUAUGAUCAAACAACGUCGUUUACCCGAUCAGCUACAAAAUUUGGCCGAACGCAUCGGUUUGGCGGCACGAUAUUACCUUAAGACAAACGGUAUUACAGAAACACUUGUACCUGAUGACAUGGCGCCGGAACUGGUACGCGAAUCGGCUGUCCACUUUUUACAGUUGAAUGCAAAUGAAGUGGCCAUUCAAUUGACCGUUCAAGAUUUUGCAAUCUUCCGCCAAAUCGAAUCGACAGAAUAUGUUGAUGAUUUAUUUGAAAUCCCGAGCAAUUACGGUGUGCCAAUGUUGAAACAAUUUUCCGAACUAGUCAAUAGAGAAAUGUUUUGGGUUGUGACCGAAGUGUGUAGCGAAUACAAUAUGGUCAGGCGAAUGAAAAUUGUAAAGCAAUUUAUUAAAAUUGCCCGCCACUGCAAAGAAUGCCAAAAUUUCAAUUCAAUGUUUGCAAUAUUGUCGGGUUUGGGCCAUGCGGCCGUAUCACGAUUGCGUCUGACAUGGGAGAAAUUGCCAUCGAAAUAUCAAAAACUAUUCAAUGACUUACAAGAGCUCAUGGAUCCAUCACGGAAUAUGUCGAAAUAUCGGCAGCUUGUGUUGACUGAACUCAACGAACAGCAUCCAAUCAUUCCAUUUUAUCCAGUUGUUAAGAAGGAUUUGACAUUCAUUCAUCUGGGUAACGAUACAUACGUGGAAGCGCUAGUUAAUUUCGAGAAAUUACGUAUGAUUGCUAAAGAAAUACGUAGCUUAACGCAUAUGUGCAGUUCACCAUACGAUUUACUCACGAUGCUCGAGCUCAGAGGACAACCGCCCAGCUCGGCCAUGGUGGCACUCAAUCAAAUGGUACACAAUGUACAUAACGUACAAAAUGUUCACCCACAAAAAGUGCAUACGCAUAAUACGCAUAGUAGUGGCAUGUCUGCAUUAGCGUCCACAUUGGGCGCGCUAGCCGUAGGCGCAUCAGGUCAGGCCACCGUAAAGAGGCGGAAAAAGUCUGCAGCAGCACCAAACCCAAAGAAAAUGUUUGAAGAAGCGCAAAUGGUGCGACGUGUUAAGGCUUAUUUGAACAACAUCAAAGUGAUAACCGACGAAGACAACCUGCAUCAAUUUUCGCUGGAAUGUGAACAAAGUGGCGGUUCGGCGCCGAGUUCGGUUACGAUACGAAAACGUCAUCCGUCGCCCACAUUGUCAACCACCAGUUCGACCAGCUCAACGAGUGAGGGCAAAAAGGUUCAGAUGGCCGGCGGAGUUGCUAUUAUUACAAAUAACGAUCCACAUGAUCGGCGACCGCCAAAAUUUGGGGCCGCAUCACCUCAGGCAGUCAAAAAGCUUCUGUCUCUGUCGGAGCAAACAAAGACACGGCCGCACCAACCGCGAUUUACCAAUCUAAUGACGCACGUUGGAACCGGUAAUACAACCAACAGUUUUGGCAUGUGCGCCAAUACAACAGCGUCCAUUGGCUUGGUAGCCACUGAUACACUUCGACAAUCAUCCGGAUUACCAUCACUAUACUAUCAUCACAGUAAUUCCGGUUUGCCAACGUUAUCAUCUAGUCCUUCGUCAACACCUUCGCCGAAUGCUCAUCGAACACAAGGUUCAGUGCCGUAUUCAGCGCAUAAUUAUGGAUUUGGUAAUCAAACGAGUAACGCAUGUGUCAAUAACACUGGGAUCGCUUGUUUACCAGCUCGUGCUGUUCACGAGAGAUCACAUUCCGAUGGAACAACCGCGCCACCAUUGCCAUCGGUGGAUUUAUCGAUGGAAAGUAGCAGUGUCACAUCACUGAGCAAUUUACCCCUUCGUAAACAUCCAAUAACAGGCUCAUUAACAUCGAAUGAUAGCGGACAUGGAUCAUACAUUCCGAGUGGAAGUGGCAGCGGUGCCGUCAGUGAUUUUCAUUCCGAUAACUUUAAUGGCAGCAGUAACAAUGGUGGUGGUGGUGGUCUAUAUCAAGUUGCAUGUUCUAUUGUUCACAAUUCACCCAAUGAUCGUUUCCAUCCGCAACGACGUCAUUCGGCUAUAUCGCACGCAUAUCCAGGUCACAAUGUUGGCAUCAGUGCACCGCAUUUACUGCCAGCGAAUGCAUCGCAUGUGAAAAACUGUACAAAUCUGAUAGCUGGAACCGGCAAUGGGGCAAUAAACAGUGUCGGUGUCGGUAAUCGUUUGCCACAAGUUCCGCCAGCGUACAAUGUAGCUGCACAACGUGCUCUAUUGCAUCGGCUAGGGAGAGCGCAUAGUCAUGAAGGCGUAACGUCUUCCAUAAGCAUAUCAUCAGCACCGUUAGGCUUCUAUCAACCCAACACUGAAGACACUGAUGACGAUGGUGCACAGGUGUCGGCUGUGUAAGCAAAAUCAAUCAUCAAAUUCAGUUUCCUUUUGUCUUUCCAAUUUCAUCAAGUAAAACAUACGAUUCAUCAAUGUACCAACUACACUUAUUGUGUAUAAGCCAAAUAUCAACAAGGAAUUUUAAGCACAAAACAAAAACUAUACAUAACAAAAAAAGAAA